AUGGCGGAGGAGAUCCUGGACAAAGUUCGGGAUGUGGUGGAGGGCCAAAUUGACUUUGAGGGCCAGCGACGAGCAGAAGGCCUUGCCACUCUGUUCCUUGCCCUGACAGGACUCAUCGCAUUCAACGUCGGAUACGUACUACAAGACAUCGUCAAAUGCCUAUACGUUGGACUGGGAGGAACUGUCUUGACAUUUCUCAUUAUCAUUCCGCCGUGGCCCUUCUAUAACAAGAACCCGGUCAAGUGGCUGCCUAUCGGAUCUGCGUUUAACACGGGCGGGACAUGA